UAUCGUGAAUCCUCUGGGGAGCCUCAACAACAUCAUGAUACUGAAGAGGCAGAGAAAAGUCUCUCCAGAUCAGAACUCCUCAAGAAACACCAGCAGAGACUCACAGGACAGACACCUCACUGCUGUUCUGACUGUGGGAAAAGAUUCAACUCUUCAGUAGACCUUAAAAUACAUAAAAGAAUUCACAGUGGAGAGAAACCUUUUGGCUGUGAUCAAUGUGGGAAGAGUUUUAUUCGGCUACAAACCCUGAAAUCACACCAGAGAACACACACUGGAGAGAAACCUUAUGGCUGUGAUCAAUGUGGGAAGAGUUUUACUCAGCUAAGCAGCCUGAUGGUACACCAGCGGGGACAUACAGGAGAGAAACCGUAUAGCUGUAAUCAAUGUGGGAAGAGUUUUUCUACAUCUAGUUAUCUAAGGAUACACCAGAGAACACACACAGGAGAGAAACCAUAUAGCUGUAAUCAAUGUGGGAAGAGUUUUACUCAGCUAAACAGCCUGAUAGUACACCAGCGGACACACACAGGAGAGAAAGCUUUUAAAUGUGAUCAAUGUGGGAAGAGUUUUGGUACAUCUGGAUGUCUGAUGACACACCAGAGAACACACACAGGAGAGAAACCUCAUAGCUGUCAUCAAUGUGGGAAGAGUUUUGGUACAUCUGGAUGUCUGACAACACACCAGAGAACACACACAGGAGAGAAACCGUAUAACUGUAGUCAAUGUGGGAAGAGUUUUACUACAUCUAGCCAGCUGACUUUACACCAGAGAACACACACUGGAGAGAAACCUUAUAGCUGUGAUCAAUGUGGGAAGAGUUUUUCUCGGCCAGACAGCCUGAAUAUACACAAGCGGACACACACAGGAGAGAAACCUUAUAGCUGUAGUCAAUGUGGGAAGGGUUUUACUACAUCUAGCCAGCUGACUUUGCACCAGAGAAGACACACAGGACAGAAUCCUUAUAGCUGUACUCAAUGUGGGAAGAGUUUUACUUUGCUUAACAGCCUGGUGUCACACCAGAGAACACACACAGGAGAUAAAUCUCUUAGCUUUAAUCAAUGUUGGAAGAGAUACUCUGAUAAAAGAUCUCUGACUAAACAUCAGAAAAUACAUGAAGGAGUUGUUUCAUGAUAUCAGUGAAGUAAUGUAAAUGUAAAUGUAAUGUCACAAUGUGGAAUGUUAUAACAUUGUAGUAGGAGUAUUUUAAUGAUGUCACAAUGUAGAAUGUUUUAACAUUGUAGU